CAGAAGGGCAGAUGGAUGGCCCUGGCCGCGGUGAGGGCGAGAGACCCCUUUGCCAUGAACCAGCCUGCCCUGGGGGCCGCCCCGCCGCCCCGCCGUGUGCGGCUGAAGCCCUGGCUGGUGGCCCAGGUGAACAGUUGCCAGUACCCAGGGCUCCAAUGGGUCAAUGGCGAAAGGAAAUUCUUCUCCAUCCCCUGGCGCCAUGCCACUAGGCACGGCCCCAGCCAGGAAGGAGAUAACACCAUCUUCAAGGCCUGGGCCAAGGAGACGGGGAAGUACACGGAGGGGGUGGACGAGGCUGACCCGGCCAAGUGGAAGGCCAACCUGCGCUGUGCCCUUAACAAGAGCCGUGACUUCCGCCUCAUCUAUGACGGGCCCCGGGACAUGCCACCUCAGCCCUACAAGAUCUACGAGGUCUGCUCCAACGGCCCCACUCCCGCAGAGUCACAGCCCACUGAGGAUUACAUUUGUGGCGCAGGAGAGGAGGAGGAUGAGGAAGAGGAAGAGCUCCAGAGGAUGUUACCAGGCCUGAGCCUCACAGAAGCAGUGCAGCCUGGCGCCCCCGUGGCACCCUAUCCUUUACCCAAAGAAGAUGCUAAGUGGCCACCCACUCUCCAGCCACCUGUGGUGCUGGGCCCCCCUGCUCCAGACCCCAGCCACCUGGGCCCUGCCCCUGCUGACUCUGCUGCCUUUGGAGACCUUCUCCCAGAGGUCCCGCCCAGCCUGCCGCCCGGGCCCCUGGCUGCCAGCCUGCCGCCCGCAGGCGAACAACUCCUGCCCGACCUGCUGAUCAGUCCCCACAUGCUGCCUCUUACCGACCUGGAGAUCAAGUUCCAGUACCGGGGGCGGCCGCCCCGCGCCCUCACCAUCAGCAACCCACACGGCUGCCGGCUCUUCUACAGCCAGCUGCAGGCCACCCAGGACCAGGUGGAGCUCUUCGGCCCCGUGAGCCUGGAGCAAGUGCGCUUCCCCAGCCCCGAGGACAUCCCCAGCGACAAGCAGCGCUUCUACACGAACCAGCUGCUGGAUUUCCUGGACCGCGGGCUCAUCCUCCAGCUGCAAGGCCAGGACCUGUAUGCCAUCCGCCUGUGCCAGUGCAAGGUGUUCUGGAGUGGGCCCUGCGCCUCGGCCCACGGCUCGCACCCCAACCCCAUCCAGCGGGAGGUCAGGACCAAACUCUUCAGCCUGGAGCAUUUUCUCAAUGAGCUCAUCAUGUUCCAGAAGGGUCAGACCAACACCCCACCACCAUUUGAGAUCUUCUUCUGCUUUGGGGAGGAGUGGCCGGACCACAAACCCCGAGAGAAGAAGCUCAUCACUGUACAGGUGGUGCCCAUAGCAGCUAGGUUGUUGCUGGAGAUGUUCUCAGGGGAGCUUUCCUGGUCGGCCGAUAGCAUCCGGCUACAGAUCUCCAACCCAGACCUCAAAGACCACAUGGUGGAGCAGUUCAAGGAGCUCCAUCACAUCUGGCAGUCCCAGCAGCAGCUGCAGCCUGUGGCCCAGGCCCCUCCUGCGGGCCACGAGCCCUGGCCGAUGCACCCGGUUGGCAUGCAGUGAGGCUGCAGAGAGUGACUGAAACAGGCUUCCUGGGAGGCUAUGUGGACUGACAUGGAGGUGUGACAGCCCCAGUGGGCACCUGCCUGGCUGCAGGGUCCUAUCUCUGGCUCUCCUGGAAGUGGAUUUGGGCCAAGAAGGAGAGGGAAGAGAGGCCCGAGUUCCAGGUUCUAGUU